AUGCAAUUCGGCAAAGUACUUGGAACAGCAUGCAGUACCUUCGCUAUCACCAAUAUCGACGACCUGUUCGUGCUGGCCACGUUCUUUACAGAGUCAUCGGUCAAUAAGAAUCUGACGCCACUAAAAAUCGCGAUCGGUCAAUAUGUUGGAUUCUCUGUUAUCAUUGUUAUUAGCAUGAUUGGAUUCGCGGUAGCGCAAGCGAUACCCUCCGAGCCUAUUGGUUUUCUCGGCCUCCUGCCAAUAUUGCUAGGUGUUUGGAAGCUUUUGGGGUUAAUAUUUCCUUCUGAUCUCGAAGAGGAAGAAGAACAGACGGAGAAUGUCAAGACUGCUGGGAUGAAAUGCAUUUUUAAAGUUGCGAGCAUUACCGUAAUGAACGGAGGGGACAAUAUCGGGACCUAUGUCCCGUUAUUUUCGCAGGCCGAGGGAGCAGAGAUCGCAGUUUAUGUUGUCACAUACUACAUACUGCUCGGGAUUUGGUGCCUUAUCGCCUUCUUAAUCAUAAAACAGAGGCAUAUAUUGUUGAUCGCCCAGAAAUAUGCUGGUGUCGUAGUACCACUACUCUACGUUGGCCUCGGUAUAUUUAUCGUUAUCAAGUCACAUUGUUAUCCCUGGUCUAUCCAGAAUAUCAAUGAGGGGUUUCUGGGAAAUCCCGGUAAAGCUAUUCUGGCGACUAUGACAACUUUUUUGUUGUCUUCUUGCAUAACGACUAUGCUUUGGAUUAGACUGCGGAAAAGGUCGGCGGGUCGACGGACCAUGGCGGAUACGGAUAUGGAACUUCAGUCUAUGGACCCGAUUAGCGAAGCGGUUAACUCUAAAAGCGGGACUUAUGGAAGUGGCGCAGGCGUCGCUGGAACUGCUGAGGAAAAUACUGGUAGUAGCUAUAGAGAUGUGGUUCCCGCUGUGGAAUCUAUAUCUAAAUCUAGGGAUAUAUAA